UCACGCCUUAAAAAGCUUGGAGCGAACUGUCCAGACGAAUGUCAGUGUUCUUAGGACAAGUCCUGUGUCUGAUUCCGUGGAAGUUUUUUAUGUAUCAGUAAUUUGUCGUUUACCGAUCACCCGUGUUUCUGUCGGCUAUAACAGCGGACUUGUUUCUUCAGUCAAGUAUUCUCCACCAUCUCCAUACCUUGGGCGGCAGAUCUUUUGUGACUAAAUGAUGGCUUCCAGAGACAAAUGGAGGGUUUACAAGAGGGUGUGCCUGAUGAUGUUCCUGGCUGUGGUCACCCUGACAGUUGUUCAGAGGGGCAACAUCAGCACCGGGCCUCAGUUUCAGCUGGAGAGGCAGACCAGAAUGGAGAUUUCUGAUGACGGAGAUCUGCACAAGAAGGGCCCCUAUGCCCUCGCCAGCCGCUUCUGGAAGCCCAUGAAGUCCAAGCAGGGGGCCCCCACCACGGAGGAGCCCCACCACAUCACCCAGGACGGGGUCUCCAAGAGCUGGGACAUCACCAGUGCCAACUGCAGUGCCAACCUCAACUUCACCAGCACCGAGUGGUUUGCAGGGCUGGAGCCCAACUUCAAGCAGUUCCUGCUUUACCGGCACUGCCGUUACUUUCCCAUGACCAUAAACCACCCGGAGAAGUGCUCAGGGGAAAUCCACCUACUGAUGGUGGUGAAGUCCAUCAUCACGCAACACGAUCGCAGGGAAGUUAUACGCAAGACGUGGGGCAAGGAGCAGGUGAUUAAUGGGAAACGGAUCAAGACCCUCUUCCUGCUCGGGGCUCCGUCCAACGAGGCAGAGAAGGCCAACCACCAGAAGCUGCUAGAGUAUGAGGACUACAUCUAUGGGGACAUCCUGCAGUGGGACUUCAUGGAUAGCUUCUUCAACCUGACCCUUAAGGAAACCCACUUCCUCAAGUGGUUCUCCUCCUACUGUCCUGGCGUGCGCUACAUCUUCAAGGGUGACGAUGACGUGUUUGUCAGCGUGCAAAACAUAUUAGAGUAUCUGGAGAUCAGUUCCGAUGUUAAAAAUAUUUUUGCCGGCGACGUAAUCUUUAAGGCAAAACCCAUCCGGAAGAAGGAUAACAAAUACUACAUUCCACAAGCCCUGUACAACAAGACUCAUUAUCCACCCUAUGCCGGUGGUGGUGGAUUUUUAAUGGAUGGCCCUCUUGCCCGAAAACUGUACUCGGUCUCCGAGACUCUGGAGUUAUAUCCCAUUGAUGAUGUUUUCCUAGGCAUGUGUUUAGAAGCUCUCCAAGUUGUACCAAUCAGGCACAAUGCGUUCAAGACGUUUGGACUUAUGAAAAACAAAAAAAGCAAACUGAAUAGAGAACCGUGUUUCUUCAGAAGCAUGAUCGUAGUACACAAGCUGCUGCCCAAAGAACUCAUGGAUAUGUGGAAACUCGUCAACAGCAAUCUGGUUUGCGCACAGAAAGUACAACUCUUAUAGCCUGGCCAUUUCUUAAAUAAACUUUAUCGGUCAGGAGACGGACAUCAAUUUUGAGUUCACUCAAGUUGAAGUACUCCGUUUUUGGAGGUAGAACAUGUAUAACAAAUUUUAUUUAUGUACUGUCAAAUAAAAUCAUUGGCCAAGUAAAUUAUAAAAUCUUAUGAUGUGAAUGUAUUUAUGUGCACAUGAAAUCUCCCUGGAAUAUUUCAUUGACAUUUGUUCGGCGGGACUUUGAUGGCAGUUUGAUCUGCAAAGCAGGCAGGUUUUUUAAAGGGACAUCUUGCUACAUUACUCUUUGUGGUGUGAAGAACCACAAAGAAAGGAAGAUCCAAGAAUAGAAUCUACCUCACCAAUGUUGUCUUAAACUUUGUUUUGCUGGUCAUUUUGCAUGACAUACACACUUGUUUUGUUCAUCAGUAUAGCUCACAAUGAUUAUGUUGAUUCCCGUAACACUUCAAAUGAGAUGACACUUCUAGUCAUAAAGCUAUGAUGCCAUUUCAUCCAGACCCUUUGUAGAGUUGGCAUACUUGUGUAUAAUCAUGACGUCUAGAAUACUUUAUCUUCAACUGUAGAAAUGUGCACAUUUGGAAAUGCUGAUAUACUUGAGCUGAAUUGGGCAGAGGGUAUGCUUUUAAACUGUGAAACAAAGAAAAUCGACUGCUGGUACUGGUGAUGUUAUAUUAAUAUAAAAAUGCCUUAUUGCAGAAUAGGGGAUUCAGGGUUUGGGGUUGGUUUUAACUUGUAAAUGACACAAUGUCACCUCUAUAAAUAGAAAUUAUGUAUAUAACAGUGAUUUUCAUCCUGAAACAAUAUUGGUGUAAAGGUAUGUACAUACAACAGAAUGGUAUUUGUAAAUAAAUGAUAUGAACUCG